GCGCGCGUGUGAAAGGAAGGGAUGACCGCUGGACCGAGCUCAUUUGUGCAGUGUGGCGUCCCGCGACUUUGAGACUCAGAGCUGGUUCCGAUGAAACAAGUGAAGCCUGACUUGGGUCGUGUUUCCAAACCCGGGAUAGACCUCCCCAUGUCCUGAACCGCAGCGUCAAACAUCUCUAACGGCGGACAGACGGAUCGCUGAUUUACUGUGGCUGUUUUUGACACUUUGAGUACAGACAAACAAGCGCUGAGGUGGUGGAAGAUGUUGCUGAAGGAGUACAGGAUAUGCAUGCCCCUCACUGUGGAGGAGUACCGGAUCGGUCAACUGUACAUGAUCAGCAAACACAGUCACGAGCAGAGUGACAGGGGAGAGGGAGUGGAGGUGGUGCAGAACGAGCCCUUUGAGGAUCCAGUCCACGGCCAAGGACAGUUCACCGAGAAACGGGUCUACCUCAACAGUAAAUUACCCAGCUGGGCUCGAGCCGUGGUACCUAAAAUCUUCUACGUGACGGAGAAGGCUUGGAACUACUACCCUUACACCAUCACAGAGUACACAUGUUCAUUUUUACCCAAGUUCUCCAUCCACAUAGAGACCAAAUAUGAAGACAACAAAGGCAGCAAUGACCAUAUUUUCGACACAGAGUUAAAGGAACAAGAAAGGGAGAUAUGUUUUGUUGACAUUGCAUAUGAUGAGAUCCCAGAGCGUUACUACAAAGAAUCAGAGGAUUUGCGAUACUUCAAAUCAGAGAAGACGUCACGAGGGAUGCUUCAGGAGGGCUGGAGGGACACUCAGGAACCCAUCAUGUGUUCAUAUAAGCUGGUCACCGUCAAGUUUGAAGUGUGGGGUCUGCAGACGCGGGUCGAGCAGUUUGUGCACAAGGUGGUAAGGGAUGUACUGCUCUUGGGUCACAGACAGGCCUUUGCGUGGGUGGAUGAAUGGAUUGACAUGACGAUGGAUGAGGUCCGAGAGUUUGAACGCACCAUCCAGGAGGCCACCAACCAGAAAAUUGGGAUGUUUCCACCGUCUAUCUCCAUCAGUGAGACUCCUCUGUCGUCCUGUGCCCUGACCGGCCCGGCCAGCGCCCCUUCCACCCCCAUGUGCACAGACGCACCCGAGUCCCUCUCUGUGCCCAAAGACCGCCCGCGUAAGAAGUCCGCUCCAGAGACUCUGACCCUGCUUGACCCUAUCCCAUCUGAUGUCCCGUCUGAUGUCCUUCAGGGCUCCUCUCUGGCUCCCAACUCAGUGUCAAACCAUGUCCAGUCCUCCACACCGCCGUCCUCCAGCAGCGAGCUGGCUCAAAUCAGAGAAUAAAAGACUUGAGUCUGUUUAUCAUAAAUUUGUCCUUUCUACUGUAGCUUCAUGAGACCAACUUUCCCACACCAGUGCCCAAAAACCUUACAUUGAUUUGUAUCGAUCCAGAACGUAACCACUUCAAAAGUCUUCAUCUGUGUCAUUGAAUCCAUUGGCAGCUGUUAAUCUAGCCACCCUGACGUGGCUGCCUUCCAGUGUAUGUUUGAGUCCAUCCUACUAUAAAGUAUUCUCUGUUACAUCCCCUUCGGAGCUAUUAAUACUCAUUAAUAGCUUUUAAACUAUGAAGUAGUUGCCUUAUCACCACAGAGACAGUGGUACUCUUAUUAUUAACACAUUUGCUGACAAUGUGCCCAAAUCUAUGACUGUUAAGCAUGGUCCCUUUUCAGUCAGUAGUUACUAUAUGAAGACUGUGUUGAAUUGGUGAUACAGAAUAGAAUAGGAUGGUAGUAAAGUACAGUAGUAUUACAUCAAUUAUUGGAAAAUACAGCCAAGUAACCUGCUAUUUUUGCCAUUUAAACAGGGCGACUGAUCAGAUUGUCAUUUUGGAUCUGAAUCAGUGACAUUAAAGGAUGCAAUAUUAUUACAAUCCUUAAAAAAUCCUCAGGUAUCCCCGACUAUCUGUCUUAUGUUUGGAAAGGCACGGAUACAGGCGUAGGUUUUGCAUUUUAUACCUCGACAGUUAAUCCAGUUCAGUGACAGCACUAGGCAAAUUAACACUUGUUUUUGCAUCUGAAAAAAGCAUUGGAGCAUUUGUUUAUCUGUAUCCGUAGCAACUCACUUGUGAUGAGCAUGGUCGUUCAAUAGGUUGCGUUCACGUUUAAGAGUUGUUAAUUUUAGGGAGACUAUAGCUCUAUGGGAAAUUCACUCUUUUUGGAAGAAAUAUCCAAACCCUUGAUCCAUAAAUGUUGCACCUUAUCAUUAUGGAUGAGGGACUGGCUUCACUUAAAGCUUAAAGUUCUUUCAACUGACAAAGCGGUGCCGUUAUUCAACAACAGUUAUGUAAAAAUACACUCACUUUUAUUCAUGUGUAUUAUUUAUGCUGAUAGAAGUUGCUGAACUGUUUUUUUUUUUUUAAUGCAGAUAAGCCCAGUGAUGAUAGAUACAAGCAACUGCACCGUCUAGUGGUCAAACAAGUAAACUGUAACGUAUAAUCAUCCGUUACGUGACACAUACGUAAAAAUAUUAAUAGUUAAUCAGAUAACUAAAGCAUGAAAAACAAGCUAGCAAGUUCACUCUUUUAUUUCACUCCAAAUCACUGAAUCCAUUGAAUUCUUCAUCCUCUAUAAUAACUUAUAAUACAAUAAUGAAGAUGUGAAAUUCUAUACUAUAAUUUCACAUAUAAGUUGCAUCUAAGUAUAAGUCGCACUAUCGGCCAAACUGUGAAAAAAAGUGCGACUUAUAGUCCGGAAAAUAUGGUAAAACUACGGCCUGCCCUCCCGCUUAGAUUUAUGAAACCACAUGUUGUGCGGAGUACUGUGCCCUCACGUGAACACAACCUAUUUGUGAGGAUCGAUGUGUUAUGUUUUAUACAGUGUUUCCUGAACUGAAUACUGGGCAAGUAUUAUUUGAUGUCAUUGUACAAAAUUGUAGAACUGCCUGAAUGAUUACAAAGCGGUGUAAGGGCAUUCUGGGGUGCUUUGUCCUUAGGAAAGUUAAGGAAGGCUACUUGAAUUUCAGUGGCAGGUGUUCUGAUUUCACUUUGAUAAUUCUUCAGUGGUCACAAGUUGACUAAAGCUGUUUAUUUGCAGUAACCAUUUAUGUAAUAUUGGGAAAACGAUCUUUACCAAUAGUGUUGCAUGGGAUUCUUAUCAAAUAUAUAUUCCAUGGUUAUUUUGUAUAUACUGUAAAAUGGAUGGACUGGUGCAGUAUUUAGUGCAACAAUAUGAACAAGUGAAUGCCAACGUUGAAGGUCUUUAUACAUUUUGUCUAUAGCCUGAUGGGAAAGUGAACUGAAGUGUAAGCAUGCCCAGAAAAUAUACUGUAACCUUAGGCCUACAAACUCAACCCAGUGCCUCUGCAUGCAGCUGUAUUAUAACACCCACAUAGGUAAACCAAAUCAGUUUUAGUCAAGAAACUGAAAAUUACAAUGCAUUUACUUCACCGUUUCAUUUGAUUAUUGCCAAAAGAUUCCUCAAGUCAAUCAUAUUCAAAGGCAUAAUCAGACUGUCAAGCAACAGGGCUAACUUUUACUACUUCAGUUAGUGUAAACAUGAGUUCCUCCCAUUUGAACUUAACAAAUGCAUUUUGCACUUUUUCCACUUGUUUCCAGACACCUUAUUUGACAGUGAAGGAAUGUGUUAUCUUACAGUUCUGUCGGACCAGUGUCAGAUCGUAGUGAGUCUUGCCAUAAAAAAAAACACUGUCCAGAUUUUGUACAGUUUCUCACAUGCUUUUGCUUCAAACAAAACAGUAGCUUUUAUCUGUAACUGUAGCUUUUUCAUUAUCUUAAAAUCUGUAUAAUGGAUUAAUGGCCCCCACACACCACUCAGGCAAAACAUUAUUGAAAAGAUUACAUUUUCCAUGAUGGAGCCUGUAAGUUUAUUAAGCAGCUCAUGUUUUUUUUUAUUUUAAUCAGAGAAGCUCAUAAUUGGCAAAAGGCAGUGACAUUAGUAUCAGUAUAUUACUUCUAAAGUAUCAGUGUUCAGGGACUUAAACAUUCAAAUGCAUCCAUGUAUCGCUUCAGAGCAGUGGUUCUUUACCUUGCAUGAGCUCAUCCUGCCUGUGCUCUACAGGUGCUUUUAAUGUUGUGUCUACAGGCUGCUAUAUUACCUUAAAGCUGACAGAUUGACUGAAGUGCAGACCAUUUCUGUUGUCAGGAACACAGAAAUCCAGGGAAACACUCACUCUCACACGGGCCAUUAACGUUCAUGCAAAUUAUCCAGUUGUGUAAGAUUUAAGCUCUGCUCUGUUUAAAAGAGUAACACUUGGGGUAUUGUAUAUAUUGUUAAUGAUAACUAUAGUAGGUUUCUUACUAUGAAACUUGUUGCAUUGCUGUGACAUGAAUGUGUGCAAGAAAAGAAGGAACUUAUUUGGAGAAUAAUUUGAUUCUUGGUGUAGAAUGAAGUAUCUGUAUCUAUGAAGUGGCUCAGCUCAGACCUCUUCUCGUUGUAGUGAUGCACUUUGACGCUGGUGACACUGCAGGGCAAAUCCUUAUUAGUUGUGUUUCUAAACGUUUUAUUUACAGUGAAGUGACUGUUUUCAGUGUUUACUAGUUCAUUAGAAACAAUCAGGUUUUUUAAUUCCUAUUUUGUAGUUUUGGUUAUGUAAUUGCUCGUCUUGUUAAAUUGAUCAUUUGAUCUUAUUUUUUUCCAAUGAAAGGACCAAGAUUUGAUUUGAGCGUGCCCUGUCUCCUCCCACAGCUGUUGCUUUGCUGGAUCUUGUUAUGUACAGAGUCCGCCUGGUUCUCUAAAGUGCCAUUCUUGUUGCUGAUGGAAGUGGUUCUGAGUUCUUCCACAGUUUAUCGGUUAUAUUUUUACUGGCUUUUGUUGUUUAUGGUUCUUAUGUUUUUGGAAAUGGAUAAAUAAAGUUUAUUAGCUAUUCCAUCA